AUGUUUAGAAGAAAGGCAAUUACGAUACGAGUGGUCUUUGGAGGGAGGAAAUACAUUUCGGGGACUCCCUUGAACAGGACUCAUAUAAUAUGCAGGCGAUACCACCAACCCACCCAGUUGCAGUACUUGACAUUGCGAAAUACACACAUACCCAUGACUAUGCAGCUAUCCCGAAGAGUGCACAUUUCUCCAGUUUUGAGUGGCGAAGAAACUGUAUCAGCGCCUACGUUCCCUGAUUCUGUCAGCAGUGGAGAUGCAAAGUUGCUCAAGAAGGAGGGUGAUGCCGUCGCAAUGGAUGAAGUGAUAAUGGAAAUUGAAACGGAUAAGACGGCCCUGCCGAUCAUGUGCCCUGGACAUGGCACCAUUACUAAAUUUUUCGUAAAACAAGGCGAUUCUAUCAAGUCUGGACAAAAACUCUUUUCGGUGAAUGUAACAGGCGUGGCUCCGGCUAAGGCAGCAGCUCCAGCUCCAGCUCCAGCUCCAGCUCCGGCAGCUGCAAGACCACAAGCUGCUCCGGCCGCUGCACCCGCCGCUGCACCCGCCGCUGCACCCGCCGCCGCGCGACCUGCCCCCGUUGCAGCCGCGGCCCCUCGUGUCGCAGCACGUAUUAAAGGCACAGCAGCAAAACCUCCAGCUUUGGCUGCUUUGAAAAUUGGUGAUCCUACGAAAUCAAUAUCGGGCACUCGCACCGAGCAUCCAGUUCCUAUGAAUAGAAUGCGUUUACGCAUAGCAGAGCGGCUGAAAGACGCGCAGAAUACAACCGCUAUGUUAACAACCUUCAACGAAUGUGAUAUGAGCAAACUAAUGGCGUUCCGCAAGGCAAACUUAAAAACGUUUACACAGAAAUAUGGCGUGAAGCUGUCGUUCAUGUCACCGUUCAUAAAGGCUGCAGCGAACGCUCUCAUGGACCAGCCAGUCGUCAAUGGAGUUAUAAUCAACCAAGACAUUGUCUAUCGAGACUAUGUGGACAUAUCCAUCGCAGUGGCCACACCUCGUGGACUAGUCGUGCCCAUCAUUCGUAACGUAGAUUCUAUGGACUAUCCACGAAUCGAACUUGCUAUGAAUGAGCUAGCAAAGAAAGCUAGGGAUGGUCGACUCUCGCCUUCUGACAUGCAAGGUGGAACCUUCACGUUGAGCAAUGGUGGAGUAUUUGGAUCCCUACUCUCUAUGCCCAUAAUCAAUCUACCGCAGUCGGCCAUAUUAGGCAUGCACGCCAUCAUACCACGACCUGUCGCAGUAUCCGGCAAGGUUGAAAUCAGGCCCAUGAUGUACCUGGCUCUGACCUACGACCACAGGUUGAUUGAUGGCCGCGAAGCGGUGCUAUUCCUAAGAAAAGUAAAGUCAGGAGUUGAAGACCCAACUUCAAUUCUUGCGGGAAUUUAG